GUUUGCCUUUAGUCCCUCCUCGCACGCCGUAGUGAGCCGCUAAAAUACUGCUAUGUUGUUGUGACUUCAGGAGAUGUUUUUGAGACAACAGUAACUCCUCUCGCCUUUUACUGUGUAGACACCACAUUGAAUUAAAAACGCAUUUAGCUAAUUUCGUCUCAGCCCGUAAAAUAACGACUAAUUCCACCGAGGAGAAGCAACUCAAACAAGACGGUAGUUCGCUGCUGCCACUUAACUGCAGUUAAGUAGGAAAGCGUCGCUGCUGUAGGAUGUCGGCCGUGCCAAACGAGUCGAGGAAACGGAACCGAAAGCGAUAUGCGUACGGAUACUUUCAUACCAAGCGGCACAAGGGUCCCCGGGAGCUGGACGUGGGCAUGGAGGGAAUCCUAGUCACCUGCAACAACGAGAAGACGUGCACACCAGAGGCCCUCAACCUGCUCAGUGAAUACGCUGACAAGCUCUAUGGACCGGAUUCGUUGCAUGAUGAUGCUGAGAGCAUCAGUGAAGAACUAGAGGCUGGAGCAUCGAGACCACAACAGGAGAAAUACUUUCAGGCUAUGAAGAGUGGGGCACACAAUGUGAUCUUCAUCAGAACUCAAAAUUUGGAACCUGAUAAGUUGGUUCAUUCCAUCCUGUCUGAUCUUCACACCACCAAGAAGAAAAAGUCCAAUGAGAUUCUUCGGAUGCUGCCAGUAACUGGAACAUGCAUGGCCUUCCACGAGGAAAUAGUGAGGUACCUAACUACUUUCUUGGAACCAUGGUUCAGAGCACCAAACUAUGCUACCUAUCACAUCGCCUUCAAGGGCCGCGACAUCGGCUACAAGAAGACAGAUGAAAUCAUGAAAUCAAUUGCAGGUGUUCUGGGGAGGUUGAAUCGUAAAAACAAACUGGAGUUGACAAACCCACAACUGACAAUCAUCAUUGAGGUUAUCAAGGCCGUGUGUUGCAUCAGUGUGGUUAGAGACUAUAAACUGUAUAGAAAGUACAACAUUCAGGAAAUACUAAAAGUGGAUGCACCAAAGCCUGAUGCGACCUCAGCAAAAACUGAUGCAAACAAACCCGAGGAGGAGGGGAAUCAGAAGGAAGAGGACACAAAACAUGAAGACAAGACGGGUGAUUUGGAAAAUGGCAAAAAUGUUUCGGAGGACGACAAGAAGGUUGAUAAGGGUCAAGGUGAAGGAGAGUAAGGCUUUGAAAUCAAAGCAACAAGUUGUUGGUCAUAUUUAAAAUACCUUUGCUAUAUUGUUAUGCUUUUGUUUGCCAAGUGAAAGAAAGCUGACUUUGUUCAUGGUUUAUAAUGGCGCAUUUCCACCGGCUCUACUCACCUCGGCACGAUUAGGUUGCAU